UAGGAAUGAUGUAAUAAUAAUAUAAUAAUAAUAAUAUUUAUUUCUAUCGCAUCACCACAGUAAUGCAGUUCCCACUGGGGCAGACUAACACACGUACAACACACAGCUAGAGAUGUAGGUAGACAUUCUUUUUAGGGCUAAAUGUGUACUGUCACUACAACCCUCACUUUUACAAGUGUUAAAAUUUCACUCACUGUGCCUACAACUCAACUAUUCAAUUGAGACGCACUACUUUCAUUUCUCCAAAUUGUCUUUACUUGUAAGUGUCCGGUUGAGUCACAGUCAUCAUCCGGUAAGUCACGUGCAGCUGUGGCUAUCGUACACCGAAAUGGUAAGUAUUCUUCUUGAUUAUAUUCGUUCAACUCGAACAGGUGAUUGGAAGUUACACUUGCUGACUAUACGAAAGAUGAUAGCCUGGUUCUUUGCUUACGACAGAGUAAAUUAUAGCCGGUACAUGACGCUCUAUUGGUGUGAAAUGACUGUUUUACCUAAGACUCGUGAUCAUCUACUGUAGAUGCCCAUGAGGAAUUUCUUAAAGGUGAAUAUUGUGUGCAACGCAGUAACUGGGCAUUUAGGCAAAUUCCAGUAGACCAAGCAAUUGAACAAACUACUAAUCGUGACUCGAAGACCAAGGGCGGCAUUAGAGAUUUUAGUAAGAAAAAACCGGAGCCGUCCAGAAAUGGAUUGCUAGCGCUCAUCGGCGUUCUGAGAUCUCCCGAAACUGUUUGGACAUGGCAGGACUGUGCGAAAACACAAAGACAUUGCACAAGGAUUGUGGAGCAAACCGUAUCAAGAAAGAUGAAGCUUCUGUACAGGCUGUUCUUGAAUCAAUCAAAACAGGAAGCAAUCCAUUUGCAGUUGAAGACAUCACUAAUCUUUUUAGUACUUCGUCUGGUGUCGUUAUCACAGAUAACAUAGCAGCAGAUAUACUAAAUGCUUACACCAUCGGAGAAAAACGCUUUGUUCAGUUUGUUAACGAAAGACUUAAGUCCUCAAAAAGUUAGCUUUUACGAUCCUCUUCCCAAACUUAAGCUUAAGACAUUAUCGGCACAGGUAAAAACAAAAUCUGUAAAAGUAAAAGGACAAGAAGUAAUUGUGCGUGCUGAUCGAAGCCUAUUUGCUAGGUUACUAAUUGUAGCACAGACUAGAUCUUUAAAUAUGAGUGUUGUUCUUUGCUACGAACUAGGUCCUCUCCCUUGGUCUCUAGUGUCAGUGGAUGGAAGCUUGGCAAAAACUGCAAAGUCAAAACUGCUCGAUCUGUUAGAGAAAGACAUUCCUCCUGCUGAAAAUGUGCCUGGCAAUGCUGCGUGGAUGAUUGAUGCCAUGGCAUUGCUGCAAAGUUUAGGUACAAUCCCAGCUACAUUUGCAGAUCUUGCCAUGAAGGCGUUUGAUGUAGCUACAGCAGCUUUCUUGUCUGGUUCUGUUCGGAUCGAUUUUGUGGUCGACAGAUACCCUACUCAUAGCAUCAAACGUUGCGAACGAAGCCAGGGAGUAAAACAGGGAAUCGUAAAAAUUAACAUAGCUAAUCUAUUGCAGAAGUGUCCAUCACAGUGGAAGAAGUACUUAUCGCUUGACAGCAACAAGACAAAUCUCUCAGAGUUUCUCUUACAAGAAUGGAUCAGACCAGAAUAUGCUGAACGUCUUCAUCAUCGCCUAUUCUAUGUGACUCACGAUGCCAAAUGCACCCUUCUAACAAGCAGUGAUGGAGUUACAGUUACUGCCCAAUGUGUAGCAGAUCUGGAAUGUUGUCAUGAAGAAGCUGCCACUCGUUUGCUACUUCAUGCAGCACAUGCGGCUACGAUGGGUUUCGCGAGUGUAGUGAUACGAUCACCAGAUACGGACGUUACCAUUCUGGCUUGCUCUUUGUGUCCUGGCAUCACCGCUUGCAUAUUUUUUCGAACAGGGACUAAAACGCGCUCACGGUUUAUUGACAUUCAAGCUGUGAGAAAUUCAGUUAGUGAAAACGUUUGCGACGCACUUCUAGGAUUACACGCUCUAACUGGCUGUGAUACUACAUCUGCUUUCAAAAGGCGAGGGAAAAGACUGUUUUACAAUUACUGCAAUCGAAUUCGCAAUUAUGUGAUGGUAUUCAACGACUUAGUGUUGUAUGGAUCAAAGACGAAUUCCAUUAAUGACUGCAGGUACGAGCUGUUCUCUGUAAAGGGUGCACAAGGCGACAAUCUUCCCCCAACCCAGGACGCCCUACAGAUGCACGUGCAGAGAGCUAACUAUCAAGCCGCAGUUUGGGUAAGAGCUCUUCAAGCCAAACCGGUUGUACCCUCUCCUUGUGGGUAUGGGUGGGAAAUUGUGAAUGAUCAAUUAACAAUGAAAUGGAUGACACAGAAACCAACACCUGAUGACCUACUGGUUCUAGUCAAUUGCCGUUGUCAUACCGGAUGUAGUUCACGUCGACGUUCUUGUGUACAUGAAGGGAUGCCUUGUACAGAUGCUUGUGAUUGUGAAGACUGUGACAACCAAACCGCUUCAUGUAGACGUGAAACAGACAGCGAAGGGAGUGAUGUUGAAGCAGAGUUCUAGAGCAGCCGACUUGCCUUUAGCUAGUUGUUAAUUUGCUUCAAGUUUGCUGCACACAUAGUAAUAAUAUAGACUAGAAAGACACAUUUAGAUUAUUUUUCUUUAUUUUGACAAAGUUAAAAUACUAUAUAGUUAGACUACUAACUUGAUUAGAUAAGAUGGAUUAGAUAAGAUUGCCGCUUUGAGUAAUAAACCUUGGUUGCUAUGGCAACGCAGAGUAUCUUUGGUUCUAGUACUUUGGACACUUUUUCAGACUAACUAAUGUUAAAUUCGCACUCUUCUAUGUCGUCUGUCGAGAUAUCAAUAAUAAAAUUUAGAUCGGACCGUUGGGGCGACGGACUUUUGAAAAACUGACCGUGGGCUGUAGGACUAUUUGUGCAUUUGUUUCUGUGUGUCUAUCUGUUUUACAUAAUGAUGUAAUUGUGGAUUUUAGUCUAUCUAUGUUUGGCUUGUUUGUUUAUUCUUAUAUCAUUCGUUUGUUCUUGUUAAUGUUGCAUGAACGGUAGUCUCACAUCACACCCG